AUGGCAUCAUCUAUAUUAAAAACUAUGCAAAAUCAACAAAGAACAUCAAUUGUUAAAUUUUGUUUUCUAAUCCUUAUAUUCGUUGUUUGUUUUGUAAUAAGUGUUAUUAUUAGUUCAGGCCAGAAUCAAACAAAAAGUAAAGUAGAGCAGCGAUCCACACCUGAUAAAGUGAAAAUCAAAAACUUAUUUCCUCAUCACAAUUCAACUCAUCUUUGGUCCAUGCCUUUUGCUGAUGAAAAGUAUUUUCAAUUAGCACGUCUUUUACCAUGUCGUUCUAUUAAUUAUACCGGUGGACCAGGAGUGAAUCAAAUUAAUUCAUGUGAUUAUUCAUCGACGAAUGAGUUUUCAGUAGAAAAUACACUGAAAACACAAAAAUGGCUCUAUGAACAUCAACAUCCCACUAAUUGUACAAAUAAACGUUUUGCUAUUAUUCGUACAUAUGCCUUGUCUGGUUUUGGAUCAACAAUUCAUCAAGUUGUUUGGGCAUUUGGUGCAGCAUUAGCACAAGAUAGAAUUGCUGUUUAUGAAACACCAGGAAAUUGGUUAUAUGGAACUUGCGGUUCUGUUGAUGGGAACCAAACAAUUCAUAUUAAUGCUGAUGUGGGUCAUUGGUCUAGUCCUGUUCAUCCACCUAUAUUUCAAAAUCGAACGUUUAAUUGGUUUCGUGUACAAUUAUUAUUUUAUUUAUUACGAUAUAAACCUGAAAUAUUAACUCAUGCGCAAAAUACUAUUGCACAAUAUUUCAAACCAUCUUUAAUUGAACUUCAUCAUCCAUUCAUUGCUCUCUAUGUUCGUCGAUCAGAUAAAGUGACUAGUAGAGAAAUGUCCCAAGUAUAUUCUCUAAAACAAUAUUUUGAUUUAUUUGAUGCUGAUGCUCGAAAAGCUAAUAUAAGAAAUAUUUAUAUUAA